ACCUUGAUUAUCUAAUAUCUACUAUAGUCUUCCCCCUUAACCUCCUCCAUUUGCCCAUCCCAAAGCUCAAAGCUUUUUCUUCUCCCUCACUCUGUUUUUGUCCACUUCUACAAGAACCCAAGUUAAUUAAACUAACCAAUUUUUCUCCUUGAAAGUUACCCACCUUGAAUACAUCAUCACUACCCCCACCCCAACUCUCUCCAUUUUCAUCAACCAAGUAAAGGGUACUAGGUCUUUCUCUGUUUCUUGAACUGUAGCUUCAGACCCUUUGUUCAGUUCCUUCAGGCAAAAUAUCAAACACAUAGAGUGCAACAACUUUUCUCAUUGAAAAUUACCCACCUAAAAUUCAUCAUCACCUAAACCCACCCCUACCCUCCUCUCCACUUUCAUCAACCAAGUAAAGGGUAGAGUCUUGUUAGAGGAAAGAAAAACUGGGUCUUUCUCUAUUUCUUGAAUUAUAGCUUCAAUCCCUUUGUUGAGCUCUUUCAGGAAAAAUAUCAAACAGAUAGAGUGCAACAAUAAGCUGGUCAAUUGGUGAUGAUACAGAAAUGGGAAGACGACAAAUUAAUGGUGGUGGUGGUGAUUUUUGGGGAAUUGUGCCACCGCCGAGUAUGUCUCCGGCAGAAGCAAAUGGUGGUGGUGGUGGACUAGAAGGUGGAGAUCAUUGGAGAAGCUUUGAUAACUCUGUAAAUGCUGUAUCGUUUGGUUUUGUUGCAACAGCAAUUCUUAUUUCUAUGUUCUUAGUAAUGGCGAUUUUCGAAAGGUUUCUCCGGCGAACACCUUCGCCGUCCGGCGGUGGCCGGAAUAGUACUGAUCUUGUAGCUCAAAUGAGAGUACAGAGGAAACUUGAUUACCCAUCUCCCGAGAUGACUUUCUACGCGAACGGAGUGUCAGUAUUGAUGCCUGGGGAAGAAGUUCCUACCUUCAUCGCACAUCCUGUACCCGCGCCUUCUCCUCCAGAAUGUACAUCUCAAGUACCCCUUCAUCAUCAACACGGCUUGUCUCCUUCAAGUCCAUCCUCAACUUCUACUAGCCAUAGCUCCAGUUGAAAGCAAUACAGACAUGAAAUUGAAAUUUAUGGUUGUCACUAUCAGAAAGUCUCCAUGUGAAAGUAGAUAUUUGUUAGGAAAUGUCCACUCAUCGAUGAAAACUUAAGGGCUUUUUGUGACCUUGAGGAACUUGUCAUUGUAUUUACAUAUAGUGUAAUGUGAUUUGACUAUUGCCUUUA